AUGGUCCGCCCCUUCGAGCCGCACACCGACGACAGCCAGGUGCAGUGCGUGCUGGAGCUCAGCGUGAAGUGCACCGGCAGCAGCACCAUGGACGUGACGGACCUGGAUCUGCUGCCCGCGGACGGCCACAGCGCGAUCCCAGUGUCGCGGAGAGUGCGCGACAGCGAGGGGCCGGCGCCGCGCGCUGCGGCGCGCGCGCUUUUUCGCGCGCUUAUUGGCGCCGACGCGGCCGCGGCCGGAGGGGAGUUGUACCUAGAGCAGGCUGCAGCGCUGCCGCGGGCCCUGCGCCUCGCGGCCCCACCUCUGGCCGGCCCCUCCCUCGCAUUACAUGCGAGCCGACGCGCCGCGACCUGCGCGCGCUCCCCUGCCUGUGAUGUCAGGUGGAAGCCGCCCCCAGACCAGCCCAACGCGCCGUGCACGAUCAAGCCGAUCGUGCUGGUCAAGAUGCGCAAGGGGCAGGAGCUCAAGCUGCGGGCCAUAGCGCGCAAGGGCAUCGGCAAGGACCACGCAAAGUGGAUGCCCGUGUGCAACGCCGCCUUCCAGUUCAUGCCCGUGAUCAAGAUCAACCAGGCCCUGCUUGACGAGCUGACUGAGGACCAGAAGCGGGAGCUGGUGGACGCCAACCCUCACACGGAGGGCCGCAACGCGUUCAAGUACGACCCCAUAUCGCGACAGAUCAUUGUGGACGACCCUGAGGCCUACAUGUACGACGAGGAGAUCAUCAGAAAGGCAGAGGAGCUGGGCAAGCCCGGGUUGAUAGAGAUAACCCCAAAGCAGGACGAGUUCAUCUUCAAAGUGGAGGGCACGGGGGCGCUCAGGGUGCGUGACGUCAUCCUCAAGGCGCUGCAGGUGCUGGAGCUCAAAUUCGCCGACGUCCUCGCGGCCCAUGACGCGCUCGAUGAGACGCCGGAGGGCCAGGCCGCGGCGCGCGCGGCCGCCAUGGAGCUGGCUGCAGAGGCGCUCGGCGUAGGGGGCCCCGGCGGCGGCGGCGGCCCUGGCGGCGGCGGCGGCGGCGGCGGCGGCGGAGGGUACAUGGCAGCGGACCCGUACGGGGUGCCCGGGGGCGGCGGGUACGCGGCGGCGAACGGCGGGGGAGGGGGGUAUCAGGCGUAUGGCGGCGGCGGCGUGGCGGACAUGGACUUGUCAAGAUGA